CACUCUGUUCUGUCCCCUGCCGUAGAAUUGCCGCAUAUCUCAUCCGUUUCGCCCCCGCACCCUCCAACAGUGGCAUUCCCCGUAAAUACUUGUUCUUUUACCUUUCUUCCUCUCUCGCCGCUUACCAAACCGCUCAAUCCUUAAAAUCUCAUGGGUUUCUGUUUUUUGUACUUCGAAAAAACAAAUUGAAUGGGUCCUGUAAUGGAACGCUGCGACAAUGCCGGAAUCGAAUCGUGAAGCUUCGAUGUACAAUUCAGGAGCAAUGAACAAUAACAUAGAGAGUCACGUUGAGGAAGAAGACGAAGAUGUUGCAGGAGACGAAGAGUCCAUUGACAACCCCCAUAUGCGGUUCGAAGACAACGCCUUAGCCGUGAAGUUAAACGGUGGCGUCCAGGAAGUCGCUACAAAUUCCAUGUACGUUCCCGGCUCAGAAUUUCCUCCGGUGGCGGGUAACGGAGGCGCUGACCAACUCACUCUCUCGUUCCAGGGCGAGGUUUAUGUGUUCGAUGCGGUUUCUCCGGAUAAGGUGCAGGCAGUGUUGUUACUUUUGGGUGGAUAUGAAAUCCCUUCUGUCAUGCCGACCAUGGGAGCAGCACCUCUUAAUCUAAGGGUGGGUAUGAAUGACUUUCCUGGAAGAUCAAUUCAACCACAGAGAGCUGCUUCUUUAAGCCGUUUUCGGGAGAAGAGAAAAGAGCGGUGUUUUGAUAAGAAAAUCCGUUAUAGUGUACGGAAAGAAGUUGCACUCAGGAUGCAGCGUAAGAAGGGUCAGUUUACAUCAUCCAAGGCCAUAGCUGAUGUAGUGGGGUCAGAAUCUUCAGUUCUUAGCGGAGCACAGGGUUCUGGACAAGAUGAUAGCUUGCAGGAAACUUUAUGUACACAUUGUGGAAUCAGUUCAAAGUCUACUCCAAUGAUGCGUCGAGGGCCAGCCGGUCCAAGGACUUUGUGUAAUGCAUGUGGGCUCAAGUGGGCCAACAAGGGAGUUUUACGAGAUCUUCCCAAGGUUUCCAAUGUGAGCGUCCUGGAUUCGUCUGUGAAGACAAUUGAACAGGGUGAUGGUGACGCAAUUGAUUCAGAUGCUGUAACCCCGGCUGCUGCAGAACUGGUCUCCUCUGCCAAUGGCGAUAACUCAGCUGUAACUGCAGAAAGAUGAGUGACAAAUUAGCAAGCCUGUAUUGCGGUAGGUGCGGUUCUAAAUUCACCUGUAGUAACGUACAAUUUGCUUUGACUAAGGUGUACAUAUAACGCUGUAUCUUCAACUCUUAUAUUACAUACACGUCAUUUAUGUAACUUUUCGAUUACCUAUUAUUGAAAAAGGAAAAAACUUGGUUC